AUGACAGGGGAGCUGAUGUCAGUAGUCCAGGGGACUCAGGAAUCUAUGAGGGAAUACAUAUCCAGAUUUAAUAUGGAGGCGUCGAAUAUACCCAAGUUACAGCAAGAGGUAGCAGUCCUGGCUAUGAUGACUGGUCUGCGGGAUGGAGAAUUCAAGAGCUAUCUGGGCAGAAAAUCAUUCACAACCCUGGCAGAGGUGCUGGGAAAGGCAAAUGAAUUUAUAAAAAGUGAAGAGAUUGGUAGAGCAACCUCACGACGAUAUGUGGCAAGUGACAACAAUUACGGCAGUCAGAGCAAGAAAGAGCCAUACAAAAAAGAAUACCCAGACAGAAGAGAAAAUCAGCAGCCUAGAAAAGAUUGGCACGGGCAGGUCAGAGGAAGAGGUAAUGAGUUUAAAACUGAAAAGCGAGGCAAAUUUAACGAAUACACUCCUUUGGUUGCAUCCAGAACCCAGAUUUUUGCUAUCAGCAAGGAGGACGAGAAAUGGCAGAGACCACCGAAAAUGUAUAACAACUACAGGGACACUAAGAAGUACUGUGAUUUUCACAAGGAUCAUGGUCAUCUCACAGAGGAGUGCACUCACUUGAAAGAUAACAUUGAGGACCUGAUCCGAAGGGGAAAGACAGAGCAAAAACAGAACCACCCAGCAGAUCAGAAGAGGUCGAAUGAUAUACUGGUCAUAACAGGAGGACCAGUUUACGCCGGUAAUACAGCCAGCAGUGCUAAGGCCAGUGUGAGCGAAUUUAAACACCAGGUUAAUUACCAUAACUUAGAAAAAUGGCCUGCCCCUCCAAAAAUCCCACAGUGCACCUUUACGGAAGAUGAUUGUAAGGGCAUAAUUUACCCCCAUGAUGACCCAAUGGUGUUAGCUCUGGAUGUGGCUAACAGAAAAAUCCAUCGAAUCCUGAUAGACGGAGGCAGCUCUGCAAACAUUCUAUUCUGGCCAGCUUUCCAAGAGCUGCAGAUCGAAGAAAAACACAUAAAACCAGUUAACUUCCCAGUAAUUGGCUUCACAGGGGCAACGGUGAUACCAGAAGGAAUAGUCAGCUUACCUGUCCAAAUUGGGCAGGGAAAAGAUAUCAAGGAUGUCAUGGUUGAUUUCAUGAUAGUGAAAGUACCUGCAGCAUACAACGCCAUUCUGGACAGACCAUUUAUCCAUGAUGCAGGGGCAGUGGUGUCUACUUAUCAUCUCACCAUGAUGUACACAACGAAUGAUAACAGAUCAGCUAAGGUCAAGGGAAAUCAAGAACAGGCCAAGAGAUGCUACCACACAGCCCUGAAACAGCCACCCAGACCCCCACCCCUGGCAGAGGCAGACAUUCCCUUGUCCAGAAAGAGAAAGAGAGCAGAGCGUUAA